UCGUUCUCAGGUAAAUAAUGCCGUGAGCCGUCGUCUCUUUCCGUGUUUCUAACUCUGUAGCGGCGACUUUUACUUUUAGUCAUUGCGUUGUUGUAGUCAAGUACUGUAGGGCCUAAUGUCUUGUUCAGGUAGCGCUUAAUUAUACGCUCGAAUACAGCAUUUAGAGUUACCCGUGAUUGACCCAACACUCGUUGACAUGAGUUGUAAUAAUAAUAGAGAGUUCCGACGACAACAACAAGAUUUAUAAUUAUAAACAUCCGCAAUAAACAUGAUGGUGAACGAGAAUGAAGAGAACAGUAAAGGAUUCCGAAAGGGUUCUGAUCCUUACCUGCGGACAGUUAGAGGUCAGCUGCAGAUGAGGCGUGCCACGCUUAACCAGGAAAUGAACAAAGAGCUGAUGCUGAAGGAUGGGGCACAGAAGAUGUACAGUGUGAUGAGGAACAAGAAGUCGAGAGAGAGUCUCAAUGUAGAGCUGAUAUUUGCCAACUCUAACUUACAAGUUUUGAGAGACGAACUGGCAGAUAUUAACAGUGAUGUCGUUGUCUACCAGAGUGACAGCACUAGCCCUAGUAUGCCGAUGGUUCCACUUGCGCUGAAGGAAACACAAACAGUAGACUUCACACAAGCGCUCAACGAUUUGAUCAGAGACCAUUACCACGAAGAACCUGAGAGCUAUGAGGAGCAGAUCAAUGAACUCAAUGAAAUUAGACAGGCUGUCCGAACACCCAUGAAGAAUUCGCACGGUAUAGGACUUCUCUUUGAAUACUACAACCUGCUAUAUUUCAUAGAGCAACGAUUCUACAGUGAUGAACUCGGUCUGAGGUUGCUAUUUAAUUGGUAUGAUUCAUUAACGGGAGCACCGGCUAGCCAAAAGUCACUUGCAUUUGAGAAAGGUUGCCUUAUGUUUAACAUUGCUGCUAUCUACAGCCAAAUUGCAGCAAAACAGAACCUUUGCUGUACUGAGGGGCUGGAGGCUGCAGUAGACAACUUCCAGAGAGCAGCAGGGGCACUGAAAUAUCUGCGAGAAAACUUUAGCUUUGCUCCAUCAUCGGAUAUGAAGGCGGACACCCUGGAUAUGCUGAUACCCAUAAUGCUGGCUCAAGCUAAUGAGUGCUGCUUUUUGAAGCAAACUCUCGGCAUUGAACAAGUGCUGGACUUUCAUUUGCUUGUGGCGAUCGCUCGGGAAGCGGCAAUGGUUUCAAACAAGUUCUCUGCCAUUCAUCGUUCAACAGCUGAGUCUACUGUGAAAGAUUUGGUGCCACCCUCGUGGAUGAUGAUGGCGAAUGUGAAAGCAGAGUAUUAUAGAGCUCUAUCACACUUAUACAUGGCUAAAGCUAUUCUUUCUUACAAAGAUUCUGAGCUACAUAGUUUAGUGAUGGCACUGACUCAGGCCUGUGAGGCAAACCAUGAUGGUAUCAGUGGAAAUUACCUGCCACCCAAAGACACGGCUGACAUUUAUAAUAUAGCGAAAGCGCACUACCGGGAGGCGACCAUACUUGCCGAGGAAAGCCUGAGACUGCACAAGCUGUGUCGACAGCUGCACAGCGCCACCUGUCUGCAGGCACUGCUGCAGCAUAUGCACGCCCGCUGCCUCGACAGCUACGCAGACAUGGAGGAGGAGGAUGACUUCUCGGAAGUUGUCAGCGUUCCGGCGAUCGCAGCACAUUCCAUGUCCAAGGUUGCAGCAACACCUCCACAGCUCUCUCAAUUUAAAGUAUACGAUAUAUUCCGAAAACUGGGUCCGUUACUGCUCUUCAAUGCAACCAAUAGCUGGUCUGAACCCAGGACUGUGAUUUUGAGUCGGGAGACAGCCGACCAAAACUUUGGCUUCAGCGUUGUCAAGAGCUCUCCUGUGCAUCUGUCAAGUGUGGAUGUUGGUGGAAUAGCAGACUUUGGAGGCCUCAAAACAGGGGAUCGAAUAGUGGGAGUCGCAGAAACUGAUACAAAGUGGUCUCGACACAAUGAGGUUAUUGACCUGCUGAAGGCCUGCGGAGAUGUCCUUAUUAUCAGAGUUGUAUCACCAGCCAAGGAUACCGUGGAUGCUAAGCCAGUCACCAGCACAUCAGUCAGUCUGCCUGUCACUCCAGUUAGCAAGCCAAGUGGGAUUAAUUCGGAUUCCCGGUCGUUUAAGCAUGCGAGCAUCUUUACACUGGCAGGACUCAAGAAGCUGUCUCGGAAAGAGAAAGGACACCCACACAUGUCGUCGCACAAUUUUAAGACGCUAUAGAUGGACUCUACGUCUUACUGGCAAUGGAUAGAUAUGCGAAUCAAAAUUGCUGACGUGAGGAAGCAAUUGGUGAUUUAUUCUCAUUCAUUCCCAUUCUAGCAGUGAUGCAGAUCUAGAUGACAUUCUUAGUAGAGAUAUGCGACACCGUUGAUGUACGAUGACCAGAACUUUGUUAAUCCAUCGAAGCAUACGUCGCGAAUUAAGGGUGCGACUAUUGUGAUUUUCAUGUGAUAUUUUUAUUAAACAGCUGCCUCGAAAUGUUAUGUAAAUACGUCUGGUUUAGUGAUGCUAUAAGUCAUUAGUGUGUGUGUUUUUUAACCAAACAUUUGAAAGCUAAAGGAAACAUUCAUUAAAUGACAGGGGAUGAAAGUUUUAAUUACUGUUACAUUUCUUUUUAUUGAAAUCAGAUCACAUAGAGCUGGUGUGUGAUUAACCUCUACUUCACAUACUACCACUACUUAAAAAGAAGUUGUCCAUACUGGCCGCACUGUGAUCGGUGACUCUUUGGUUUCCUUAUUAUUAUAUAUUUAUGAAUUGUAACAACAUAUAUCAAUCUAGCGAAUGCAUUUUACUGCAUAAUAUUUGCAUAUAAUCCUAUUAAUUGAGAAAUGGUUGUAGACAUUGUUUUUAGUUAGAUUUUUUAUCUUUUUCCUCUGGGAAAAAAUACUGCUUUCAUUGCUGCAGUUAUUAUCAAGUCCACAUACUGCCUAUUGCCACCUAGUGCCUCGAAAGUGUUUUGGUGCCACGAGAAGUCUUGAUUUUACUCUAAUUGCAACUGUAUUAGAAUGUUCCUCUCGAGUGUAGAGUAAUGUAAUCUCAUGUCUCCGUAGAGUAAGAGUGAGUCAAAUUUUUGGUUGUAUCAAACGUGCAAUGAGUAUUGAAGCAACGUAGGUCAUUCAUAUCACUGUUAUGCAAUAGGUUUUGGUUGAGUAGAUAAUAUACAGUAUUACAUCUAUGUUUAGGAUUAUAAUAUAAGCCAAUCAAGUUUUAAAUUAUUUAUUUCCAUGUUUGUUUUAGUGUAUAGCGCCAUAACAGUAUUACUUAUAUUGUGUAUUCUUUUCGUGGUGUUGUCAUGUUAUCAUAUUACUAAGCUACAUAGUCUACUUUUUAUUGAUCUUGAGUGAGUAUAACGUAUAAUUAAUCGAAUUUCGGGCCAACUGUUUAUUUUAUCUACGUCAUCUUCUACGUUCUUUCUGACUCAUGCAUUCCAGCUCUAAAUUUUCAUAAGAUUACACGAUUUAAUAUCAUUAUCAAUAACUUACACAAGCUCGUACUUACUAUUGUAUCCAUAGUUAUAUAAACACGGAUGUUUCAUAUUUAUCAUGUUUACCAAUCAUCUAAAGAAUAGAUUUAUUUUUGCAGUGUAAUGAAACAUUCUCAUCCCACCUUUCCUAAGAAAACUUCCUAGCAGGAUAUCUAGAUACAUAUGUGUAUCUCUCCUUUUUAUAUAAUUUCAAAUGAUUGGGUUGUGUUUGAUUUAGUUUUAUUGACAAUUAUUUCAUUAAUAAAUGCGUACGUAUGUGUAAAUAUUA